GCUUCGCAUUCUUCGCCCGGGAACGGCCUCCUUUCCUCCUCUGCGCACGUUAUACCGGGCCAUGCAUCGUUUGAGCUCGCGCUGAUAUCGUGCGCCAACGCAGCCUAACCGUCCAAGAGGCUCAUCCUCAUUCCUCUGUAAGGAUGCCGAGCGUUUAAGACCGUCGAUUUCUAUUUGACUGUGUGCUCGAUAUAAUCUAUGUUUACGGCAAUGCGGUCACUAUGGGAGCUGUUGCUACUGAUGUUGAUAACCGUGUUCUCUAAGACGAUCGGCACAAAGCCGAAUUUGAAGUUUAAUGGCCCAUUAGAGUGCGGUUAUUGCUUAAGCUGGCGCGUCGCGGUGGAGGCGAAUAAUAUACGUGCAUGGCACACGGUCCCAUCCCAGUGCUUACGCUACGUCGAGAAUUACAUGCUUGGGGGCCAGUAUGCACAAGAUCUUGACAUGGUUGUUGAGCAGAUCGUGGGCUACAUGAAAGAUUUGCUCCCAGUCAUCGAUGGAAAGGAUGCUUGGAUUCUCGACGUCGACGAUACUUGCAUCUCAAACCUUCUUUAUUACAGUGGGAAGCGAUUCGGGGGUGAUCCAUACGACCCAACAGCAUUUAAAAUGUGGGCCAAAAGCAAAAGCUGUCCCGCAAUUCCUGCCGUCCACAGAUUGUUUAAGAUGCUGAUCGACGGUGGAUAUAAGGUUAUUCUUCUCACGGGGAGGGAUGAAGAAACGUUGGGGGCACCCACCAUUGAGAAUUUACAUAAUCAAGGAUUCGUUGGCUAUGAAAGAGUGAUUUUGAGGAGUUCUGCUUACAAGGGGCAAAGCGCAGUGUCCUUCAAAUCAGAGAUGCGUAGACAAUUAGUAGCGGAGGGCUACAGAAUCCGUGGCAAUAUCGGAGACCAAUGGAGUGACCUAUUAGGAGAUUAUUUGGGCGAUCGAACAUUUAAGCUCCCUAAUCCCAUGUAUUUUGUCCCUUAAGCCUUCAGGUGGCGUUUACGGGUAUAAAUGGGCCCAAUGGCUAGCUUCAUAAUUUCGGCUUGGACCUUCCAAGCUUUAACAAAUGCACAUGUUGAUUUCUUAGAAUUCAAUGUUAGCUUUAGGGCUUUAAAUAGGGAGAAAGAUCCUUUAAGUAAUCUAAUAAGUAACUAGACUGAAAAUAAUUGGGUAUCAAUCUUGCCUCGGCAUUUAGCAUUGGA